CUUCUCUCCUCCCACAAGAUGAUGUCCUUCGAUACCGCAUGUGCUGUCCCUGGCCAAAAGCCACCCUCUGCAGCUGCCCUCGACAUCCAGACCGUCACCAACGGCACAUCUCACAACACGGAGUCGCACUCGGCAACCGCCGCCGGACAGGCCGGCACUCACACGCACAUCUGGCUGGUGACCGGCCCAGCUGGAUGUGGCAAGUCCAGUGUUGCAGAAUAUCUGGCAAACGCUCUUGACAUGCCCUACAUUGAAGGCGACUCGGUAUGCUGGCCGUAUCUUCCCCUUGUGCGACGCUGACAAUCAUGCUGACGAUGCUCGCAGUUCCACUCCGCAGCAAACAUCGAAAAGAUGAGCAAUGGAGUUCCUCUGACCGACUCUGACCGCUGGGACUGGCUGACGUCUCUCCGCGAUGAGUCAAUGCGUCAGAUCAACGAGGGCCAGACCGGCGUUGUCCUGACCUGCUCGGCCCUGAAGCGCAAGUACCGGGAUGUCAUCCGCGUGGCCGCCUAUUACGAUCACCACCUGCUUAUCCACUUCAUCUACCUCGAUGCCUCCGAGGAGCUGCUUCUUCAGCGCGUCGCCCAGCGCCAGGGCCACUACAUGGGAGCAAACAUGGUGCACAGCCAGUUCGAGGUUCUCGAACGACCUACCAAAAACGAGACGGACGUCAUCUCCAUCGAUGUCAGCCGGACCCUGGGCGAGGUCAAGGAAGACGCUCUUGCCAGGGUCAUUGAGACGAUGGGCAGAGCCGACAACGAUAACCAAUAGAGCGUUUGCUUGGACCACUUUCUCUUUUCGUCUUUUUUUCGUUUACUUCGGGUAUAGAGGCUGCCGCAUGGUCUCAGCGUCCGGGCAUCUACAAAAAAAUUGUCGUCACUUUUCUUUUUCUGCGGAUAUGCGACAAUGGGGUAUUCAUGACACUUGUUUUUUCUUUUUCGAUCUAGAUC